AUGUCACGCACACUUGAAUAUGAACAAAACACCGUCACCGUCAACCAAGUUGCAACCGGAAAAAGAAUACAAGACAAGCCAGAGUGGAAUGUGACAAUCGCCAAUCCACAGACAUGUACUCUGUGGGCAGUGAAAUUAUCUUGUCCUGGAUUUCAAACCGUUGAAAAGGUUGAUCCUUUGAUCCUGUCGAAAUCCGGAGAUAUAUGCACUAUCAACAACGAUUUACCUAUCUAUGGAUACACAUCAAUCAACUUCACAUAUGCUUGGGACCAUAUAUUUCCAAUGAAACAAGUUUCCUCCAAAGUAGCAUGUUCUUGA